AUGUUCGGCUUCCUGAUCUCCAAGUGCUGCUUGCCCAUCUUCAAAGCCAAGACUGGCAAAGCCAAGCGGGUCCGGACCAUCUUCACCAGUGACCAGCUGGCCCGGCUGGAGAAGGAGUUUGCGCGGCAGCAGUACAUGGUGGGCACGGAGAGGUGCCUGCUCGCCUCCUCCCUGCACCUCACUGAAGAGCAGGUGAAAGUCUGGUUCCAAAACCGGCGGAUCAAGUGGAGGAAACAAAGCCUGGAACAGCAACAAGCCAAACUGGCCAAAAUGGGUGGCCACCCCGCAGAGGAGCCCCGACUCGCAGAGCCACCACGGCGAAGAGGACAAGGACUUCCCAGCAGAAUAUACAUCCAGGCUCUGAUACAGCCGAGCAGGUACACCCGGACACGUUCCCCUUGGCAGGACGGGCUCGCACAGCCGGUCCCGGGGUACGUCGGUGACCGUGGGCAGUGGUGGGUGUUGGUGUGGGUGUCCACGGAGCAGGAGAAGGUGUCCACGGGGAAGGAGCGGGUGUUGGUGUGGGUGUCCACAGGAAAGGAGCGGGUGUUGGUGCGGGUGUCCACGGAGUAG